GUUGAAAACAUCCUGCUGCAUGAUCGUGGCCACUAUGUGCUGUGUGACUUUGGGAGUGCUACUAACAAAUUCCAGAACCCUCAAACAGAAGGGGUGAAUGCAGUAGAGGAGGAGAUCAAAAAGUACACUACGUUAUCCUACAGAGCACCAGAAAUGGUCAACUUGUACAGUGGGAAACUUAUUACUACGAAAGCAGACAUCUGGGCCCUGGGCUGCUUGCUGUACAAGCUGUGUUACUUCACCCUGCCCUUUGGGGAGAGCCAGGUGGCAAUCUGUGAUGGGAACUUCACCAUCCCAGACAACUCCCGGCACUCGCAGGACAUGCACUGCCUGAUCCGGUAUAUGCUUGAGCCAGACCCUGAUAAGAGACCUGAUAUUUAUCAGGUCUCCUACUUUGCCUUCAAACUGGCAAAGAAGGAGUGCCCAGUCCAGAACGUCCAGAACUCUCCAAUCCCUGCUAAGCUCCCAGACCCGGUUAAAGCCAGUGAAGCUGCAGCGAAGAAGAGUCAGCCAAAGGCCAGGCUGACAGAUCCCAUCCCUACGACAGAAACGUCCAUAGCACCCCGCCAGAGACCUAAAGCAGGACAGACACAAGCCACCCCUGGGAUUCUCCCCAUCCAGCCAGCCCUGACUCCUCGGAAGAGGCCCACGGCGCCGGCAGCUGCACAGCCCCAAGUUGCAGGACCUGCUGCCCUGGGCAGUGCUCAGCCCUCGCUCCCGGCCAGCGCCCCCCAGCAGAAGGCCCCUCAGCAGGCUCCAGCACAGCCCCAAGCCAAGCAGGCGCCAGCUCCACAGACCUCGCAGGGGCAGCCCCAGCCCCCUUCUACUCAGCCACAAGCCACCCCUCAGCAUCAACAGCAGCUUUUCUUGAAGCAGCAGCUUCUGCAGCAGCAGCAGCAGCAGGGAAAACAGAGAAUGCAGGCUCAGCAGUUCCCAGUGAUGCAGCAAGGAGCGCCAGCCCAGCAGCAGCUGAUGCAGAACUACUACCAGCAGCAGCAGAUACUGGCCCAGCAGGCAGCCCUGCAGCAGAAGACAGCAGCAGCAGCCCAGCAGAAGCAGCAAGGCUCAGCCCCAGCACAGCCCCCCCAGCCGAGCACAGCCCCGGCAGCACAGCCCCAGGAGCAAGGGGUAAGAGCACAAAUGAGGCAACAGCAAAAAGCUCAGGCCACGGCCUCCCCAGCAGUGCAGGGGCAGAAGCUGGGCUCUCUCACCCCUCCCUCCUCCCCCAAGGCCCAGCGUGCCGGGCACAGGCGGAUCCUCAGCGACGUCACCCACAGCGCCGUCUUUGGGGUUCCAGCCAGCAAGUCCACCCAGCUCCUGCAGGCAGCUGCUGCUGAAGCCAGCCUCAACAAGUCCAAAUCUGCUUCCACCACACCCUCGGGUUCCCCAAGGACCUCCCAGCAGAAUGUCUAUAACCCGCCCGAUGUCUCAACGUGGAAUCCAUUUGAUGAUGAUAACUUCUCCAAACUGACAGCUGAGGAGCUGCUCAACAAGGACUUUGCAAAGCUGGGUGACGGGAAAGCUCCAGAAAAGAUGGGCAGUUCCACAGAGAAUUUGAUUCCAGGUUUCCAGCCAGCUUCCUCCACAACCCAGGCAGAUGCGUUUGGUGGCUCUUCCUUCACUACUGGAUCAGCUGAAAAAACGAAAGACAUUCUGAGUUUGGAUACUAGCCCUACUCUCCUGACUGUGCCUGAUCCUUUCAUUCCUCUCCCGUUGUCCGACACGCCAGAAAAACUGAUUGAGGGACUCAAAUCUCCUGAGACUGCGCUUCUGCUCCCUGACAUCCUGCCUCUUGCUGACCCCUUCGGCAGCACCUCAGACGCUGUGAAUGGAAAACCUGACGUAGCUGUUGAGAGUCUCAUACCAGGUCUGGAGGCGCCGCUGCCCCAGCGCCUCGUGUCCCAGCCCGAGUCAGUCGCCUCCAACAGAACAGACUCUCUCACUGGGGAGGACUCGCUGCUUGACUGUUCUCUGCUUUCCAACCCUGCUGCUGACCUCCUGGAUGAGUUUGCUCCUGUAGCUUUUGCAGCUCAGCCUCACAAAGAAGAUACUAACCUGAUAUCAGGCUUUGAUGCUCCUGAGGGCUCUGAAAAAGUGACAGAAGAUGAGUUUGACCCAAUUCCAGUGUUGAUAUCCAAAAAUUCACAAGGUGCGCAGAGAGACCCAGCUCUGUUCCCAGUUGUAGAUCUUGAACUCCAUAAAGGACCUGCUGGCAGUGAUGGACUUGGAUUGUACAAGGGUCAGGCUGAGGUGCUGGAGGUGAAAAUGCAGCACAACUCAGGGUCAGACUUGUUAAUGAGAGAUGGUCCUUCAAGCAACAGCUCCUUCUACAGCAGCGAAGGAGAGGGGACGGACCACGAAGGAGACGUUUUGGAUUGCAGCGGAUCCAGGCCGUUACUGAUGGAUUCAGAAGAGGAGGAGGAAACCCACAAGUUGUGCACGGGAUUCGUGCAGUCUGUGCCCAGCGAAAGACGUGAGGCCUCCAAAGAAAAUCCCCACUCCCAAUCUUCCCAGACUAGAGCGGGGGAGAUGCUGUUCCCGGCCUUCCAGUCGCACACUGGGGAGGUUUUUAACGAGCCAGAUGUUUUUGCCACGGCUCCUUUCCGGAGCUCGAGAAAAGUGCCUGAUGAGGUGGAUGUCUUUACCAAAGCUCCCUUUAUCUCCAAGGGCAACGUGGCUCUUAGACAUCCAGAAGAAGCAGAUGUGUUUCUGAGAGCCCCUUUCACUAAAAAGAAAAGCACGGAAGAGUUGACUUCCCACAGUGUGUCUAAGGAACCCUUCACAGCCCCGGUUUUCCCCGGCCAGGCGGGCGAUGUCCAGCACAGAGCCAGCCAGCUGUUCACCAGCCUGGACUCG